AUGAGCCCCUGCAGGCGGGCCCGGCGACACACGUCCAGAGGGGCCAUGGCAGUCCUGGCGUGGAAGUUCCCGCGGACCCGGCUACCAGUGGGAGCCAGUGCCCUUUGCGUCGUGGUCCUCUGUUGGCUCUACAUCUUCCCGGUCUACCGGCUACCCAACGAGAAGGAGAUCGUGCAAGGGGUGCUGCAACAGGGCACGGCGUGGAGAAGGAACCAGACGGCGGCGAGAGUCUUCAGGAAACAGAUGGAAGACUGCUGUGACCCCGCCCAUCUCUUUGCUAUGACUAAAAUGAAUUCCCCCAUGGGGAAGAGCAUGUGGUAUGACGGGGAGUUUUUAUACUCAUUCACCAUUGACAAUUCAACUUAUUCUCUCUUCCCCCAGGCAACCCCAUUCCAGCUGCCCUUGAAGAAAUGCGCGGUGGUGGGAAAUGGUGGGAUUCUGAAGAAGAGUGGCUGUGGCCGUCAAAUAGAUGAAGCAAAUUUUGUCAUGCGAUGCAAUCUUCCUCCUUUGUCAAGUGAAUACACUAAAGAUGUUGGAUCCAAAAGUCAUUUAGUGACCGCUAACCCCAGCAUAAUUCGGCAAAGGUUUCAGAAUCUGCUGUGGUCCAGGAAGACUUUUGUGGACAACAUGAAGAUCUAUAACCACAGUUACAUCUACAUGCCUGCCUUCUCUAUGAAGACGGGAACAGAGCCAUCUCUCCGGGUUUAUUACACACUGUCAGAUGUUGGUGCCAAUCAAACAGUGCUCUUUGCCAACCCCAACUUCCUGCGUAGCAUUGGAAAGUUCUGGAAAAGUAGGGGAAUCCAUGCCAAGCGCCUGUCCACAGGACUCUUUCUGGUGAGUGCGGCUCUGGGCCUCUGUGAAGAGGUCGCUAUCUAUGGUUUCUGGCCCUUCUCUGUGAAUAUGCAUGAGCAGCCCAUCAGCCACCACUAUUACGAUAACGUCUUGCCCUUCUCUGGCUUCCAUGCCAUGCCAGAGGAAUUUCUCCAGCUCUGGUAUCUUCAUAAAAUCGGUGCACUGAGAAUGCAGCUAGACCCAUGUGAAGACACGUCACUCCAGCCCACUUCCUAGGGACCAUGGAAAAAGAAAGAACUGAGACAGGGUAUUUUUGUUAGGUUUUCUACGUGACUCCAAAAGGUCAAGUCAUUCCAUGGAUUCACAUGGGCCACUUGGAAAAAUAAGACAAAACAAAAACAAAACAACUAUAAAAACCCAAGAGAAACUCUACUUUGGAUGUUGUCUUGGAGGACAAAUAAGAAAUGAAACAUCCUGUGAAAUAUUUUGUAGCACAUUGUGGAUUUUCAACCAGUAACAUGCUGAUGAGGUGAUGUUGGUGAAGCACAUUUUGGUGGUUCAAAUCUAGAAGAUGCAGUUCACAAGACAGAGCUCUAAUUGCUGCAGUUGAGGAAUUAAUCAAGGUAGAAUAAAGGAAAUGCCAGGCAAAGUGUUACUGAUUAUCAACACAAUCUGGCUGUAGGGAAAACAAACAAAGAAACCUAUCUUAUAUCUUAGAAGUAUAGGUUUUUAAAAAAUGAUUAUUUAUUUUUGCCCUAUUUAGGGGCAGUGAGUGGGUGAUGAGGUAGAUUUUAAAAAAUCCCUUACUGAGUAAUAAAGAUAUAAAACACUACAGCUAAUUAUUGUGAUUUGUUGAACCAAGUCUAUGUUAACUCUAGUCUCCUUCCAUUUAAAAAAUGUUAAGAAUUGCUUCCUCGCCUUCUGUCAAGUCUACUUAGACAAUGUGAAACAUUGUUGAAUUUAGACUGUGUUGAUUCAUAGUCUGGAUAACAUGAGCCACUUUCCCUUCUCAGAAUUGAGGGCAUAAACUCAAUUUUAGGUCUGCAUUAUUUAAUGCUGUUUGUAUUAUUAUGUUAUUUUAGUGCAAAAUAAUGUGAGUGCAUUAUUUAUUUGCAAAUUGGCAUAAUUCUCUUCAUAAUUUAAUACUCAGAUAAAGUAAAGCACAAUGAUGUAAAAUUUAGUCACAAAACAGACUGGAAGGCACAUCCCUUUUCUAUCUACCAUGGUAUAUUCACUCCAGGAUACAUGCACACAAAUAAAACGUAUAUAUUCAUGUACACACAUACUCACACAUACACACAAUUAAACAAAACUCAUUCCCACGCAACUCUGAAAGCUGAACCCGCAUGACUGAGUCUGGAAAAAUCUGUCAUCAUUGUUGAAAAGCUACAAUUGAAUUACCCACUACCCAAUACUCACUCCCCUUGACAUAGGACAAGCCAGCUCACCUGUUGUUGCACAUAAAGCUCACAGCAGCGUGACCCCCACAUGCUUACCCCAAAUGAACGGAAUUGUUUUGCUCAUUCUGACCCUCCCUAACAUCUCAUGAAUGGACCCUAUGUUGAGCACGGUCACAUACAUGUGGUUCAUACAAGUAAAGGGAUGUAAAUUCACAGAUGUGGAUUUUCUUGGUAGUAGUAGGUAAGGCCACUUAGAAAGCUUUUUAUAUAAGCUUCGACAAACUGCAAACAAACUCCCCUGACAGAUUAUAAACAGUUAGGUGUGUUUAUGUGUGCAAGGAAGGUAAAGGAAACCUUUCACUGUCUUUGUUCUUUGGAAUGCCUUAAUCUAAAAGGAGACACUAGAAAUCACUAUUUUUAUUCAUUUAAAUGUCACCAAAAUGUAGGUAAACUAUGCCAAAAAGUUCUGCUCAUUUUUAAUGGUAGAAACUUAGUCUACCAUAUCAAUUAAAACAGGUGGCAGUUUUUGGUGGGUUCAUUUAAAAGCACUGAGACAACAGAGCCCUUGGAAAAAUUCUGUAUCACCACCAGAAUAAGCAAUUUCUAAGUAAGACUAAAUUUUGAGGUUCUUAUAGAAAUCAGCAGUUAAAAAGUGACUGGUUGACAUAACACAUAUUAUACAGAUGCUUGGAGAGUUAAGAAUUUGAGAAUACUGAUUCUGUACAGGACUGAUUUGUUAUUUUGAUCUAUAUGGCAGCAAAAAUGUAAUGAGAAUGUACUAGGAGUGAACUCUGUUGAAUACACACUAGAUAUGAAACCCUAAACCGAUUUCCUUUUUAAAGCCAUUGUUAUUAUUUAAUAAUUACCAUAAAAAGGAAUAUAUUUUUACCUAUACACUUCAUCAAAAAUGUAAAAGUGCUAAUGAAGAACAUGUGUCCUGCAAAUUAGCAUUUUAACUGAUGAAGUUGUUAAAAUGUAACUACAGAGCUCCAUCAAGCCCAUGCAUCCCAGUUCCACUGAAGCUGUCCUUUGGAAAUUGAACAUCUUGUUAUGAUUUCUGGGAUAGAUUUACACAAUGAAUUGUGCAAUUUUCAGACUAUAAAUUUGUGGCUUCCGAAAGGCAGAACAGAAAUCGCCCAAGAUGAUAAUAUUGAAUUAGACCAAUACUUCUCGGCUGGGGUGGUUCCCCUUCCCUAUCCGCUGACAUUCGGCAGUGUGUAGAGACAUUUUUGAUUUUUGUGAUUUGGAGAAUGCUCCUGGCAUCUAGGGGACAUAGGCUAGGGAUCCCACUAAACACCCUGCACUGGAGAGGUCAGCCCCUCACAGGGAAGGAAUAUUUAAUUAAUAUUAAAAUAUUAAUAGAGUCAAGGUUGAUAAACCCUGGAUUAGACCAAAAGAAUGCUUUGAUUGCUCCAAAUUGUCUUCACUUAGGGACACCUAUACAUGCUCACAUCAUUUGGAAUAUGACUACAGUUGAAUGAGAAUGGUUUCUUAG